CCAAAAUUGACGGAGGAGCUGUACAAAAUGUCGACUGCUAUGCUGGAACCACAGAAAUACCAUUAGGUCUAUUUAUUGGACUGGGUUCGGAAACAACCUACAACGAACAGCGUCAACAACAACAACAUUGACUCAGUUGCCUAGAUGUACAUAGGACUUUACUUGCAUCCUCCGAUUCCUUUCGUUAUUCAUGUGCCAGGCACCAGGCAGGAUCCAGGGGCAGGGAGUACGUGUCAGCAUGCUAAGAAAUAAUGGCACUAAGAAAUGCAUCAGUAGCCAACAGUGAGAUGAAGGAAAGAAAGCCAGAUGUACCAUCAGCCUCACAAGGAGAAGAGCAUACCAAAGAGGAAAAGGGAUCUGUAAGAGCAAGUCAAAGAUCAAGCCCUCGACUACCUAUAUUUGAACUGCUGCUUUAUGCCUUUGUGGUUGUAAUUGUUUAUUGUUAUGCCACAUUCAAACUCUUCAAAGCUUCACAAGAUUUCCAGAUAAAGACAGUUAAUGGACGUGGCCUACUUCAGCCGGGUUGGGAAAUCUUGGGAAGGAGGUACCAAGAUAUGAUGCCUGGGGAAUGGAUCCAUUGGCAGUUCUUUACCCUUCAUCCUAUAUCUCUUGCUCUAUAUGCAGGACAUCUGAUAGGUGGAUUCUUUGUCUCUAAAUACCUACCAAAUCUCCGGAAGAGUUUCUUGAUCUGUUCAUCUGUGGUGAGUACUGCAGUCAUUGUCAGUCCUCAAGUCUUUGGUCUCUUGCUACUCCAUGCCAUCAUAGCCUACUUAGUUGCAAUCCUUGGUCGACGUACAUGGUUGAUAUGGAUAGCUGUCCUCUCUCAGCUUUCAUUCACUGUGAUUGGAUCUUUCUCUCAGUGGCAGAUCUCAUUGCUUCCUGGAAUUCGAGAAUACCGGGUCAAGUUCAUCAUAGCCAUGGCCUUCUGCUGUCUACGUUUUAUUGCCUUUGGGGUUGGCUACGUGAAGCAGCAGAGAGAUCAAGAUGAAAGCAGUAAGGAUGAGAGUAAGAAGGAUAAAGAGGAUUCUUGGACCAUCUGGGAUUACCUGUUAUACAUCUUCUAUCUUCCUACCAGCACCCAUGGCCCCUUCAUGCCACCACAGACUUUCUUUUUGCAGAUCAAGAAUCCCUAUUACCCAUCAAGCAUGAAAGAAGUCAGAUGGGUGUGUCUUAUGUGGCUCCGCCCACUCCUCUGUGCCAUCUUCUUGGAGUUUAUCCAUCAUUUCAUAUAUUUCUCCAGCUUCAUGUUACUACCUCAAUAUCUUGAGAAGUUACCUGUACUUGCAUUGCUUGCUUUGGGAGAGUGGUGUACCAUCAUAUUUCAGCUCCAGUACAUGGUAUACUAUGGUUUUGCUAAGGCUAUGGCUAUAUUUGAUGGGGUUUUGACUCCAGGCUUACCGGCGUGCAUGCAGACUAUACUGAUGGCUACACAUGGAUGGAGGUAUUUUGACAGAGGAGAGUACCAAUUUAUAUUGAGGAACAUCUACAUACCAUUUGGUGGAUCUCAACAUGGCGGCCUCCGGCAGUACUUUGCUCUGCUGAUCAGCUAUUGUUUCACAAGUUUCUGGCAUGGAUUUAAUUAUCAUAUCAUCGUCAUGGUACUCAUCUUCUGGGUAUUGGUGCAGUGGGAAGCCUUCUCACCUAUCAUUGCCAAAAAACUUGGGGUUCAAAAAUGGGUUGGUAAGAUGUCUCCUUUGAGCAGAAGAAGACUAGACUGUUUCCUUACCGGAGGGAAGUAUCCACUCCUGGUUCUAGCUAUGAUCUUCUUCAUCAAUAACAUAGAGGUUGGCAAGAUCUUUGUCUCCAGAGUUCUUGGUGCAGAAGGUGCAUUGUGGGUCAUUGGAGGGCUACUUGGGGUACACUACUGCCACGUUCAGCUAGUAGAGGAAUUCUUCUGCCGCUGUGGGAAGAAGUAUAUCAUGGAAAAAUACUACAUGGCUCCUCCUAACCUCUGAGUGGGUAAAGACAGUAUCACAUGAUCUUUGCAUCUGUUACUAGGGAAGAAGUUUGUGAAGGGGAAUACUGCAUGGCAAAUCUGUGGCUCUUUAGAGAUGGAAGACAUUGUCACAUGAUAAGGGAGUGCAAUGGUUACUAGGGAAGAGGUUAUGAUUGAGAAACUCCUCAUGGCUCCUUGGGGCUCUCAGGGAUGAAAUAUAUUCUGAGAAGAUGAAGGAGUGCAUCAGUUACUAGGAAGGAAUUUGUCAUAGCGAAACACUUUAUGGCUCCCCCACAGUUGUGAGCAGAAGACAUCAGGUGAUGAGGGAGGGCAUUUAUUUCUAGGCAAGAAGAUGUCAUGAAGAAACACUCAAUGGCUCCUUCAUAGUUCUAAAUAUCAAAAGACAUUAGGUAACUUCAAAUGUGCAUCUUUACUUCCAUGACACUAUAAUUUUGCAAAAAAAAAAAUGUUGAGACUGUAUUUCUGAGACAACUAAUCCCCUUCUCCAUCAUAUCUUCAUAUUUCUCACAACUGCUCACAUCCAAUUGCGAUCCAUUAAAGUUGCAUCUCAGCGUCUUGACACUGCCCAUCAAAAUGUAAUUGCUAGUAGCAUCCCUAAGCCAAAAGAGGAAUGGGAAGCGCUGGCGUCCAGGUUCCCCCUUUCUUCGAUAGCACCAGUAAGGGCUAGUGUCUCAAAACAUUCUUGCGAAGAAUGUGCUCCCAGAAGCGCACUUGUUGCGUUGCUCUGGUAUGUAGUAAAGAACGGAACAAUUUGGCCUUUCCAAGGACGUCUACAUUGCUGAAAUGUUCAGUCCACGAAAUUUUCAUCAUUCUGCACAAAAAAAAAAACAUUUCAACAGCUUUCAAUGCUGUUGCAUGGGAUGACGGCCUUGUUUGGAUUCCAGUGUCCAGAUCCAUACAAAAGUAUAGACCAUACAUAGUAUAUUAACAACAAUCAAAGUCUGAUGUGAAGAUCAAUAGUCCGAGUUGUCAGUUCUCUCUCCAUGUGCUUUAAUGUAGCUUUUGCAUUUCCAAUCCGUCGCUUAAUUUUUUUUCACACCUCCUGUCAGAUAUGACUGUUAUUUUAUUUCAUUAAGUCAACAUUGCCAUUAUCAUAUUUUGAUAAGAGAUAAGAACACGAUAUAGAGAUAUUGCCAUUUUCUCAAAUUUUCAUUUCUGUUCAGGAAUUUUUAUCCCAUUGCUCACAUAUUGGUGUAUCACAGUAAUAUCAACAAAUCAUCAACAAAUGAUUGUUACACCAAUGUUUCAUAAAUGUGUGCAUCACAGAAAUUUCAACAAAUUUAUAUACCUGCAGGGGAAGGAAAAAGAGUCAUGUGACCAACUGGGGGAAUGGUAGCUCCACCCAGUUUCCCAGUUUUGUGGGCCAAAGGAUCCCCUUACCAAUAUGUGAUAAUUUUGGCCUUUCCUAGCCAUUAGCUCACAAAGCUCUUGGCCAUUCCUUCCCCUGCAAGCAUCUUGAGUUGAUAAUGACAUUGACAAGUACUAAAAAACACCCCAUAAACCACACCCAUAGAAAUUUUUAUUGCUGAUUCUUGAUUUACUUGGCUACACAUUUUUUAAUCAAAUACUGGCCAGGGCAGCACUCACACCAUUUAAUGAGAAUGAAAAUGGAGUAUAUGGUUUCUGCGUAUUGAAGCUGAAAUAAGGUGGAAAGCUACUUGAUGCUUUUUUUUCCUUUUAAUUUUAUUCAUUAAUUCAUAUAUAUGAACUAAAAGUGCUAUUCAAUUUGAUGUUAAUGACGAACUAGUAUAAAAAAAAAAACUGUUCAAGAUAUGAAAGAAUUCCUAAUGAUAUUGGCUACAUACAAGAUUAGACAUUUCUCCACAAUAUUCUCAAUGCUUUCCUUUUGCUUAUUCUUGGUUCAAACAAAGUGAAAAGGUCUGAAUUAACCAGGAGAAACAACAAGACUUCAAAGAGGAUAGUUGUAGAUAAACAACAAAUAUAACAUUUUUAAUAGUAAAACUGUUUAGACACAACCAUAGCUGUAGCGCUUGCCUUUCCCAGCAGUCCCAUCUCCCUACAGUACAUAACUAAGCUAGUCAUGAGUAAUCAUACGAAAACGCUUAGUUUGCAAACACUGACCCAAGCUCACUUCUCUGUUUUCUUUCUUGCCUCUUGUUGAUUUUAUCCUACGGAUUCUAAAUUGGGAAAUUCAGCUAGCAAGCAAGGGCUGAAGUAAUUUAACAAAAAUCCAUUAGAAAAAACAUGUUCUACAAAUUUUGCUUCUUUAUCACGGUAUUCCUUGAGAUAAGUUUACAGAUCUUAGCUGGUGUUUGUGCCUUUCAUAUCAUUACCAUCGCAGUGCUUUUUGAACUAAAUUCAAUCUGAGGGGCUAAUUAUGACAAUUGUUUAUUGAAUUUUAUUUUUUUGAAUCUUGCAUUCUUUCUUGCCAUUCUGAGAAUGGUAAUCAUUGUAUAGAUGACACUUUAGCACUAUUUCCUUUUGUCAGCUUUGGCAGUACAAGGGUAACAGAAAAUUAUUAUAAUGAUAUAAUACAAAAGUGCCACUUUCACAUGCAAAGAGUUAAAACUAGCUUGCCAUUUACAGCCAUUGUAACCUUGCCAUGUUAGAUACAGUCAUACUGGUAAGUAAGAUAAUUUUAUUUCCUGUUAUUAACUUUUAUAAUGAUCUCCAUACUAUUUUGAGUACAGCUUUCAUGCUGAUUUCUUUUCUUUAUGCAUGUUUGUUUUUCAGUGUUUUUUUUUUCCUCGAAGCUACAAAAGUAAAGGAUCUCAUGAAAUUUCAAGGUUUUUUUCAGCUCUUUAUUUGUUGUCACUUACAGCCCUGUAUACUCUAUGCAGUUUCUGCGCAAUAAAGUGUAUAGGCCAUGUUUGAAGAGAAAAAAAGGUUUGUGGAAUAUAAUUUGAUUUAACUAUUUCCCUGUUGAAAUGUUCUUUGUGAAACCCCCACUCUACUGAUUACUAUUGUCACACCUUAUAAGUGAAUUUAAUGCAAAGGUUAGAAAUGUAUUUGCAAAUAUACUGUGUGUGUCAAUACAAAGCUCAGUAUCUAUGUCAAAGCAUUAUUAUUCACAUAUACAAUCUUUUUUUUUUAAUAUGAAGAAAUUGCCUUAUCCACAAUAAAGAAGUAUAAGUGGUGGAUUUGAGAGAUCCUGAAAACAAACCACCGUAAUAUGCAAUACAUUCCAAAAAUAUGCAACUUAUAUGAUUUAUUGGUGUACAGAAUUUUUACGUUUUAUAUCUUACUCAUUUCUAUUUUGAAAUUUCUGUAUGGUUGAUACAUUCCUCUUAUGAUGUGAAAUAUGUUGUUAUGAAGAACAAACUGUUGUCAUGUUAUGUAUUAUAUGUACAAAAUCCAGCUUAUGCAACAUUGUUGGUAUUUGAUAUCUACUUGCCACUGUUACCAUAUUGACCGUUUUCUUACAAUAUGGGUUUUACUAGUACAUAUAUGCUUUUUAAAGUUCAUAAUCAAUUGCUGAUAAUUUAUUAUUAUCACAAAUAAUAUUAUUAAUCCUAAUAAAAAAAAUUUAGUUCUAUACAUAUCUCAUUAUAUACAUUUGAGUAUUAAUGGAAUAGUGACGUAUCUCAUUUACAUUUUUGUAAUUAAUAAAUAGUUCAUGUUGGUAAUAGAAUAAUAGUAAAGAAUUUUUAAAUUCAUUUUUUUAAUGGCAACAUAACUAGAUAGGCCCAUCAAUUUGUGAAUUGCUGAAAGUAAUAGUGCACAAUGCAGUAUCUCUAUUAGUGCUAGAGUAGAUGUAUUUUAAUAUUUAAUACUUCUGAUGGCCUUUUCUACUAUUUAUAUCUUGAAAUUAUUUUGAUUGAUAACAAAUGUUUGGAAUUGUAAAUUGAUGCAGGAUAAAUGAACAUCAUUAAUUAUGUCAAAUGAAUGCAAGAAUACUUUUCAUGACAUUUUGUGAGAUUGAGUUAUUUGAGCUCAUGGUAAGAUAGUAAUCUUUAUUUAUGUU